CGUAAACAAACAGCGUAAUGACCAGACCGCUAUCCCUUUUCCUUCCUAUUUAAAGGCCUUUCGAGGGAGAUAGAGAGAGACGGGAGACAGGAAAACACGAAUAGGAAAGAGAGGAGAGGAGAUAAGACCAUGUCGUGGCUGAGUAUCAACUUGAAUGACAGUUUGAAUAGCUUAAAGGGCCAGAUAACGACGUUGACGAGAGAAGUUUUGUCCGAGGAGGUCGAAGAUGAGUCCGGAGACGAGCAGAUCGUCGUCCCGCGCGACCAGAUCAAGGCCUUGGAAGCGCAGAUCACUCUCCAGCGGCAUGAGCUGGACGAGAGCCGCAAGACGCGACUGGAGCUCGAGGAGAGGCUGCACGCGGGUGACCUUCACGCCUCACACCAGCUGGGCAUUCUGAGGAAGCAGCUGGAAGAGAGGGAGAAAGAACUCCAGAGCUACAAAUCCCGUUCCUCCGAAUGGGGUUGGGACGAGGGUGGAGGCGGCGGUGGGGGGGGCGUCGGAGGAGGGGGGGAGGAGGAGACAAGGACGUCAGCGGCAGCCGGGAAUUCGCGGACUGGAGAGGCGAAGGAGCAUCAGUCAUCCUGCGUAAAAUCUGCGUAA